CAAGAGCACAUGCACAACAGUUGAUUAAGUGACGAAGGACAUGGAUUCGGUAUUCCGUAGGUAAAGUACUGCUAUGCCAGUGGAACAUCAUCACUUGUGCCAGGUUACAAUCACCAUGCCCAGUAAUUAUUAACCAAGAUGUGAAGUACAUAAUAAAACAGACUCCAGUCAGUGUGGAUAGAAUUCAACACAUGAAUGUUUAACUAAACUUACAAUCAGAGUGCCUGAUGUACUCCUAGAGGAUGAUGGUGAUCUCUGGAUGAUUACAUAAGAGAUAGAAGAUGAUGGUGGACAGGAAUGUGACCCCACCCCCUAGUGCCCCGAUGGAGGGCAAUGUGUCCAUUGACAACCUGUACCCUGCCAUUAUCCAGUGUUUCUUCAUCAUCCUGGCAGGUUAUAUUGCUGGACGUGUCAGCCUCAUCUCAGCGUCCCAGAGUCGAGGGAUUGGGCUGUUUGUGUCGAACUUCUGCCUUCCAUGUCUUCUCUUUAAGAACAUGUGUAUUCUGGAUUUCAGUGUGGUGAACUGGAUGUUUUUGAUCGGUAUCUUGAUAUCAAAAUCUAUUGUAUUUUUUUCGGUAGUGUUAUUGACACUGCUUGCUAAGCGACCUCUGAACUAUGGUUAUGCAGGCAUGUUUGGAAUAUUUGCUACACAAAGUAAUGACUUUGCUCUUGGUUACCCUAUCAUUCAAGCCCUGUACGAGACGUCCCACCCAGAAUACCUGAAGUACAUUUAUUUAAUAGCCCCAAUCUCUGUGGUGUUCUUGAAUCCUAUAGGAUUUAUUUUAUUGGAGAUACAAAAACGACGGACACAGACAUUGAAAGAUUCAUCAGGAAGUCAUUCCCAAGGAACGGAUAGUGACUUGUUGCUAGGCAGUGGUUCAUCCACCCAAAAGAAGAUGGAGAUGACCCCUCACACAAGUACAGUAAUGGUGGCAGUGCAUGUGUUUAAGGGGGUCAUCUCAAAUCCAAUCGUCUUUAUGACCAUCAUUGGGAUUAUUGGCAACUUUGUUUUCAAACAUGACCUCCCUGCUGUCUUGGAUGGCAUUCUAACUUCACUUGGUAAUGCCUUCAGUGCUACAGCAUUGUUCUAUCUGGGCCUGAGUUUGGUUGGCAAGGUGUCAGGAACAAUGGGUAUAGGACUCUUAGUACCACUGCUUCUUAUAGCUGCAAAGGCGCUGGUGUUGCCAUUGGUGAUAUGGCAGAUUGUUGGUGCUAUGGAUCAAAUCUCUACAUCAGCAGAUGUUAAUGUUAACAGUACCAUAUCCCUAAGCAUGUAUGGCUUUCUGUAUGGUACAUUUCCAACUGCACCCUCUGUGUUUCUGUAUGCCAGUCAGUAUGCAGUUGCCCAGGAUACGGUUGCGACUGGGAUGGUGGCUGGAACUUUCUUCUCAGCUCCGAUGAUGUUCAUGUCUGCUAGAAUGUUGACUGUGGUGGUCAACAGUGAGAUGGAUUACAAGACAUUGCUGCUAGAGACAUCAUUUGAUACCAGCAUCAUCAGCGUUGUCUGCUGUGUUUGGGUACUCGGUAUCCUUCUCUUUAGUAAACGAUACAAGAAGAUGCCCCACCAGUUUCUUCUCUGUCUGGUUUUCACACAUCUGAUGUCCUGUGUGGGUAUGAUUAUAUACAAUGGGCGAGACUGUGGUCAGCUGUCAUGGAAACACUACCUACAGUUUGCGCUGAUCUUGAUUGGAGUAUUCGCCACACGUUGCUGGACAGCCAUGAUCUCUCUGACUUUAUAUUUGCUGCACUGUCGUAGCUUAUGCUCCGUUCUACGCUUCAGAGCCUGGAUGUACCUGUUUGCAUUUGGGUUCCCAGUAUUCUGUACUGGCAUGCUGUUUAUUUUGGGAUCUCACCACGUCCACGAUGAGAUUGAUCCCUCUUUCCACUAUGGAUCAGAUCAGACUAUCUUUUCUGUGGUGGUGCUUGUACUGUGUAGUGUGAUUAACAUUGUGUGUCUCAUACUAAAACAGAGGAACAACAGGAUACGAUCUGAGUCCCGUGUCACGCUAGACUCCGAUGGUUCAGGAGACAGCACAACUCUACGUCGACAAAGAGCACACAGAAAAGUGUACAAGCCAACUAAACACAUGAAAUCAUCAUCCAACAAUAGUUCUAGUAGAUUUUCCUCAUCUGGUGUACAAACCGAUAUUGAAGAUAUGAGUAGUGGCAGGUUUGUCUCGUCUGGCUCUUUAGAGGACAGUGGCUCACUGAGUGUGAAUUCUCAGUGUGAACAACGCCAAGCAGAAAACAAACAGAACUGUGAUAGCUGUACGGGUGGAUGUUACCAAGAUAAAGACUUUGAAGACAUUGUGCCAUUCCCAAGUGAGAGAGACAACUUACUCUCUUCAGAGAAUUCCUCCAUUAGUGACACAUCUACUCUACAGGAGAAUCUCGAGGAUAAAGUAUGCAAGUAUGGCACCUGUAACAAAGACCAGAGACGAGCUUGUGCCCGAUUGGUCAGAUCAUAUCAUGCUGAUACAGCUCUUAUCCAAUCAGAAGAGUCAGGCGUGACUAUAACCAAGAAGUCCCCCACCAAAUCAAACAAUAAUUUCCAGAGUGGAAAGUUCAUGAUCCUGUUGAUAUGUAACCAGGUGUCCAUGAUUGUGGGUCUGUUCCUGUGUAGUUGGAGGCUGAUGAACAAUAAUAAGUCAGGUAUCUAUGUGGAGAUUGAAUUCCUGGAUGGUGUUUUCAACUAUGGCCAGGGAUUUUUGCUUCUUGCCAUAUUUGGAUUUGAUACAAAGUUUAUCUUCUUGCCCUGCAUCAGAAAUUUCUUCCUGAAUAGUAACAUAAAAUGGUUGAAUAUUUUGUGUUUGAGGUGGCGGCGUUUGGUGUACGGUGUAGAGAAUGUCGAGAUACCAGAUCGGGAAGAUCUAGAUGAGAAAACACAUCAUUUGUGUGAACAAUUUCUCCGUUACCAUAAGGAAAAUUGUAUCAAGGACAUCGUUAGUGACAGAGUGUACAGACUACAGGAAUACAAGGCAGUGUUUACAGGUCAAGAAAUGUGUGAUUGGCUGAUUGAGGUUGGGCUGGCUCAGGACCGCAGUGACGCAGUCACAUACGCACAGUCUCUCCUGAUAGGCCAGGUGUUACAACAUGUGACAAAAGAACAUCAUUUCCAUGACAUGCCCUACUAUUACAGAUUUUUAGAUGUUGACCUGGAGGAGUUUCCUUAAGGAACUUGUGAUGUGUGGAUGAAUAUUGAGACUAAUCGUGUAUAGAAUGAUUCUAGAUUGAAAUGACUGUGAUUUCAUCAGGAGAUGGACAGGAUGUUUAUAAACCAAGUUAUUUUAAUAGAAAUGACUUUUAGCUGGGUAUUCUACUCAGCAUAUAGAAUUGUUGCUGAAGUUCAACAUGUACGCAUAUCAUCUGACCAGUUUCUUUCAACAUUUGUCCAACAACCUCUGUGGACACUUGACAGCUGUCUUACAACCUCUGUUGUUACCUUUCAACUGUCUUACAAGCUCAGUGGACACUAGACAGCUAUCUUAUAACCUCUGUUUUUCACCUGCAAUUUUGUUAUUUUGAUAUGAUCUCAAAACACUUAGUUCACAGAGAUGCCUGCCAUUCAUCUUCAUUCCUUGUCUCCAAAAUAAAUUUAUGGUUUCAUGAUAAAAAUGAGCUGAUCUUCACAUAGGUGAGAUAUUGAUAUGACUGCUCAAUUUUAUUGUGGAUGCUGUGCCCCUGUAUUUUGAUAAUUUAUACUGAUUUAUGCCUUUGUUGAUAUUGUAUGGAGGAACCUCAGAAAAUCCCUCCAAAAAUCCUUGUUGUUGUUGCUGUUGUAUUCAUUCAAGAGAAAUGCACCAGAGAGCUGGUUGGAGUCCAUCCUUCACUCUUGUCCAAAGGAAUAAAUACAAAUUCUGUACAAGAUGUGUUAGCCAUUGAUAACUAUCAUUUAUCUCAACUGCCUGAAGAUGCAUUGUCUGUCAUCAGCUUUUCUUUAAACAGUUUCUUUUCAAUAAUUAAGAGACCCAGGGAUUUGAUACUGAGCAAGAAUCAUGCUGCGAAGAAGAGAUCCUCAAAUGAAAGACCUUGACAAAUUUCAAAGUCAUCAGUCGAAUGUGUUAACAUAUAUUUUACAUGUAACAAGCUUUCUGUAUUAAGCAAGAGGCCAUUGGUGAUACUAUUUGUCUGGUAACAUGUUUGUGUAAUGGACUUCCAUGUUUACACACACUGGCUUAAUGCAGAACAGGAGAGAGUGAUACAGGCCCGAAGUAAUAUAUAAAUUGACAGAUGGAAAUGUAAAUAUCUUUUAUUUAUUUCACUUUAUCAUAACCUUACAUUGUGUAUAUUAACUUUUUAUUGCAAUAAUUAUUUGUUUAAAUAUUUUUCUUAAAUAUCAGAAAAAGCAUUUGCUGUAUCACCAAGGUUUGAAUAGAUAAAUUAAAAAUUAUAAGUAUAUUCUCUGAAAUAGGGUAAAACUGAUUAAGUAUUAAAGAUUAAAGUUAACAAGAAAUUAAUGUAAAUCCUUAGCGUACUCAUUUCCUCAGAGAAAAAAAAUGUUACAAGAUGCCAGUUGUGUAAAAGUGGAUCCAGUUAGAAGCUUUGACACUGAUGUGUUGUUAAAUCACUGGUUUUUGUUCAGAUAUGUAAUCCUAUCCUCAGGAUAUGAUAUAUCACAUAAUCGCAUGUUAUCCUGAAGGUAUUUUUGUUUGCUUGUCUUUGGCUGUUAUAAUCAUACUCUGGUAAAUGAAAACCUGUUGCUACAGUUCCAACUUGAUGGUUGUAGUUUAGCAUCAUAGCAGUUACAGAAAAAAAAAGUGGAAUCACAUAUUUAAAGAUAGACCCAGAAUAUGAUAGCAAAUUUUGAAAUGUGUGCAAUGUUAAUUUCCCUGUUUGAAUCAAGACACCCACUCUUCCAAAUGUCUGUUUGAACUACUGAACCUCAAUGAAUGUACAGACACACUUUGUGUGUGUGAUAUAAAACAUUCAUAAUGCCAUGACUUUCAUUGUCUGAACUUUACAACGAAAUAAAUCUGAUGAUGAUGAUGUCCAAGUUGAUCACAAAAACAAUUUCUACAUGUGCUCAUAAUGUAUUCCAACUGGUUGGAUGUCCCCAAAAUUUAGAUAUACCUGGCAGCUGUCUUACAACUGGUUUGAUGUCACCCAAAAUUUAGAUAUACCUGACAGCUGUCUUACGUCUGGUUUGAUGUCACCCAAAAUUUAGAUAUACCUGACAGCUGUCUUACGUCUGGUUUGAUGUCACCCAAAAUUUAGAUAUACCCAACAGCUGUCUUGCAACUGGUUGGAUGUCACCCAAAAUUUAAGUAUACGUUAAAUGUUGUUUUACAGCUGAGAUCAUGCUGAAAACAUCAAUUCCUUGGCCACCUAAACUGCUAACGUAUUUGAGGCCAAAUUUUUAAUGUGCAAUUCCUCGUGGUAGUUGAAAGUACAGACCAUACGUGAGACUUUCACAUAAUUUUUAAGCCCAUUCUGGUAUUAAUGUGCAAACAGAUGUAUUUUGCCUUCCUUUGAUUAACUUUAAACUAUUAUUUACUGUAGCCAUGGAAAGCUCAUUUAAGAUCUUGUAUUUCUUUAACUGAUGUCUGACAGUAAUUAAAGGAUGAAAAUGUGACUGGAAAGUGAGGAUAACUGUUUGUAAAGAAUACCUCUUGGAUGUUACUAAAACUUAGAUGAUAUGACUACAUAUGAUUUCCUUCACACAUCUUCAUGCAUCACCUAACCUAGAUCUACUGUGGCAAAAGAUAUUUUUCCAGUGUACUGGUAUCACAGUUACCAUGAAAAGUUGUUUAGAGUUUAUAUUAAAUGUUACUGUGCUCAUUAUUUUUGCUCAUUUGAUUGUUUGAUAAAAUAUACCCCAACUUCUAAAUAUAUAGCUCGCAUUUUACGUCUCCGUUGUAAAUAUUGGUGUGCUCUGGACUUCAUGGUAAGGUGACCUUAUUCUAUAGUCAUUAAACUGGUGCCACAGAUUUAAGGUAACAAGUUCGGCUGAGAGAUAUAUAGACAGCUAUACACUUAUAUGAGCUUAUACAUGGGUGUUACCUGGUAAAUUUUGUUUUGUUUUAUGUUAAAACAAAUUUAACUUAUAAGUGAUUUUUCAUUUGUGUCUAUAGGUGCUGUUUUAAAGUUGAUUCUCUUGUGUACCAUUCAUGUUAUGUUUAUUUUGAUUUGUACUAUCUGCUGCCUAUUUUUAAAAAUUUUCAGACACGGGUAAAAAUAUCCCUUAUGUGUACAUUCCUUGCCCACACUGUAAUCUUUCUUAUUUUGAACACGCUUACUAAAAAGCUUAAUAUAUAUGUAUAUAUAUGACACAUUAGAAUGGAUUUAUGUCAAGCAUAUGACUGUGUACUAUUUCACAUAGAUAUACCUAGCAUAAAACAUCUAUUCAGUCUGAUACUGAUAUAUAAAUAUCAGAAAAAUAUUGAAAUGAGAUGAUCAGUAGAGCGUGUUCUGUAACAGACGAGUACACAAGGGUGAAUCCAUGUCUAUUUACACUAGUCAUGUGUUGGUGUAUGUUGAUAAGUUGGAAAUAUUGGUCUAUACAGUACUGUAUUUAUUCUACAAUAAGUCCAGGGUCCAACACUCAAAAUCGGGGGGCCCUUAGGGCUGUCACUUAUUAUUACUCACUCGAAGCCAGUGGAUGGACUUGUUACUGGAAUAUAUUAUUGUUUUUUAGUUUAACUUAUGAACUUAUUGCUAGAUGAAUGUUACAUAUUCCAGCUUAUUAUAUAUCCCAUGGCUCUCCUCAUGCUGUGCUGGACACCAUGAUGUGCUCUUAAACUGGAGAGACUGGAAGUGAUUAGAGUGUUUGCUUGUCCAAUAUAGACAUUUUUUAUGAUUAAGUAAAAAUGACAGUGUACGCAUUUGUGUUCUAGACUCAAGUAGAGAUUCUUAAGAAAAGGAAUUCUAAAUACAUAAGAUUAUCAUAACUUAAUGAUAAAAUGUAACUACGUUUUGUUAGGAAAUUUUGAAUAAGAAAUUGAAUGCCAUGUUUGAUCAUUAUCAUUGAAAUACGUGUCAACUUUCCAAGCUUUUGCAGGCUGUUGAUUCUGAUAUAUUGAAAUAAACAGAAAAAUGACAAGGAAGCUUGAUGCCACACUCAGGCAAAAACACUUUAUUUUGUGUAUUUUACAGACUCAUCACCUCUGCAGGUACACUUAUUUACUUAUUUAGUGAAGAACUGUAACACCACAUGAAUUUCACAUACAACAAACACACACUACCAGUCAAAGAAACACAACAGGACACCUUAAAGGGUAACAUAGGACUCACACCGGAGCGUAGGUGCCCACACACUCCUGCACUCCCCCUCUCCUCAAAAUGAAUAGGACCUCUUCCCCAUUUCUAUACUCUGCCCCAUACCUACAACCUAUCUUUCCUACCUCUCCCAGAAGUCUUCCUUUCCUCUCACCCCUCCCUUUAACACACUUAGGAUAUCCCAUAGCACUCACUCUGUCAGUAGGUAACCUUGUAACAAGUCUGUUUCAUUAACCACUUACUAAGCUCCUACUAACACCUCCAACCUCUUUUGAUACUUACCUCACAGUCACAAAAUAUUAUCAUAUAAACAUCAUAUAACUGUACAGACACGAAAAACAAAUCACCACCAGCACCUUACUAACAACUAAACCACAGUCCAUCGGAUGGGACUCAAAAUGGUGACCCGUGUGAGAAUGUCAAACUCGCACGAUAAAGAUCCCUCUGGUUUUUCAAAGCAGGCAUUAUAACGCCGGCCCAGAGGUUAUGGUUAGAUUAGCAGUAGGGACUAUUUAUUAAAUAAUUUUGAAAUAUACUUUCCUCAUAGAGAAAUUUAUUUAGUGUAGGAUCCCCUCCCUCUCUCUCUUUUCUUAACCGGUCCUCUUGCUUUGAUGUGCUUAGUAUUAGGCUAGGUCUACAAUAAGGCUCAAGAGUCAUCUUCUAAAUUACAGUUUAGAAACAGGUCAGAUAGCAUAGAGGGCCCCUCUCUAUCUCAUCUCUGUAAUUCAUUCUCUCCCAUCAAUCCUUUUCCUAUCUACUCUUUUUCCUAUCUUCUCUUGUCUGCUGAAAGCCUGAAGGGCAUAAUAGUGGACAUAAAACCUGUUAAAUAGGUAUAUGAUAUAUUGUGAGAUGUUGUAUGUAUAUCUGUGUCAAUGUAGGAUUAUUUGGUGUGUUUAUUUAAUGGUAUACACAAAUGUAUUGUUGUCCAACACCAAUGCAAUUCCCAAUAACUGUUCACAAAAACUGAUCAAUGAUUUAUGUUUUGUUUCUUUUCUGGGGAAAACGAUGAAUAAAACUUAAUUAUUUCUUAGAA